UAGGACUAAAUAUAUUUAAAUAGUGGAGUAGGUGGUGUUAUUUGUAUUUGUUUGUGAGUUUAGUGUUAGAUGGUAGGGUAUUUGUUUAUUUAUUUAUAUUUUCAAGCAAAGUACAAGGGAGUUCUACUCCAGUCUAGUAGGUGGCGGGGUUGUAACAUUUAUUGGUUGCCAACCGCCGUUAAACCUCAUCGAAGAAGAGGAAGUGCUGGUGACGGAAGACUAGUACAUAUGUUAAUAACAGCGCUGGUGUCGAGAGCUGAACAUCGACCGAUUAUCUGGCCUCUCUGGCAGACAUGUUGCCUGUGUUGGUGGUCCAUGGGGGAGCGGGGUUCAUCCCUAAAAAGCGUGUGCAGCCUGCUUGUGCUGGGGUCCGGGCUGCAGUCAGGGGGGGAUACUCCAAACUCCAGGGGCAGGGCAGUGCCAUGGAUGCUGUGGUGGAGGCCGUCACUCUGCUGGAGAAUGACCACCACUACAACGCAGGGCUAGGCUCGGUGUUGAAUGUUAAGGGCGAGGUGGAGAUGGACGCCAUCGUGAUGGACGGGAGAUAUCUGGCCAGCGGAGCUGUCUCUGCGGUCAGAAAAGUGGCCAAUCCUGUACAACUGGCCAGACUGGUCAUGGACAAGACGAGCCAUCUGUGUCUGACUGGAGAGGGUGCCAAUCAGUUUGCCCGGGCGAUGGGUGUACCCGAGGUGCCAGAGGAAUCACUUAUCACAGAGUAUGCCCGUAUGCGCUGGAAGAAGAACCUGGCAGCUGAUGCCAACCCGGUGGAGUGCCAGAUGGGGAAGAUGGGUACGGUAGGGGCGGUGGCAGUGGAUGCAGAGGGGAACAUAGCCUGUGCCACCUCCACCGGUGGCUUGCUGAACAAGAUGGAGGGCAGGGUGGGGGACACAGCAUGUAUCGGUGAGACAUCUGAUGUAUUGUCAUAUGAGGUAAAGAGAUGUGGAGAGGAAGUAGGAGAGAGAAAGAGAGGAGUGGAGAAAUGAGGAAGAGACCUGCAG